CUUCUGGAACAUGUAGUGUGUGCCUUCCGCCGUGCACGCUGCGCUAGGCCGGCAUUUUUUCCUGUUUUGGGCACGGAGACCACCAGAGGAAAGAAGCUGUAUAUUGGAAUGGGAUUUGGAGUCAUCAUAAUGGAAGCAAAAUACAUGAAGGAAAAACAAUUAUUUUUAUACCAGCAUACUGCACCUGACUGCUAUUUGCAAAUGGUUUUCUUUGCCUAAGAAAAUUUGUGAUGUAAAUGAAAAGAUACCUUUUUUCUAGACUCAUUGUUAGUUAAAGUAUGCUGCGCCUAAGAGCUAUUUGUCCAUUCUCCUGGAGAGUGUUUCAAUUUCGACCCUUUAGUUGCGAACCGUUAAUUAGCCAGAUGAAUAAGUGUACAGAUGAAGAGCAAAUAUUUGAUCUUAUUGAAAAAAAUAAAGCCAUACUUUCAGAAAAGCAAUUGGGAUGUGCAUUUAAUGUACUUUGGCAGUUUCAAAAGCAGAAGACCAGCUUGUUAAAAAAAGUUGAAUGUGUCAGAGGCCAUCCCCAAUUUCUUACUCUGCGCAAUUUAACUACAAAUAAAAUGGAAUUCAUGAAUGAUGAUACCCUGGUGAAUGUGUUGUACAUCACACAACAGUUUGCCGUUGAGGCCCAUGACCCGCUAGUUGAAGCACUAGUUACAGAAGCAUGGAGAAGGCUGGAAAGGUUUGAUAUUGAUGUGCUGUCAAAAUUUUCCUCUUGCCUAGCAGAUCAACACUUACAUUUGAGUCCAUUAAUGGGAAAAAUAGCUGAUAUUGUAAAUAGGAACUUGGAAACCAUACAGGACUUAAGGUCCUUGUCUGUUUUGAUGGUCAGCAUAUCUUCUUUAAUAUCACAACGUUUUCAAGAACAAUUAGUGAACAAAACAGAGCUUCUUUUUGACACCGUAGAUUCUUCCCAAGUCUCCAUUGCAAGAAGAAUAGUACAGUUUCUUCGAAAUAUUAAAUAUAGUUAUUACCCACUAUUAGAAAAGUGUAAUGAAGUGUUUUUAAGCAAUGUGAACCACCUUGAUUUGGAAUCCAUCAGUAAAAUACUUAAUCUUUACCACUCUCUACAGUUUCAUAAUUUUGAAUUUAUUAUAAAGGCUAAAAAGAGGCUAACUGAAAUGAUUCCUCUGUUUGACCACCCUGCUAGUUUUGUAAAAUUAUUUGUAGCAUUGGGACCCUUGGCAGGACCUGAAGAAAAGAAACAACUUAAGUCGACUAUGUUAUUGAUGUCAGAGGAGCUAACCAGCCAGCAAGCCCUGGCAGUGAUGGGAGCAAUGGAGGAGAUGGAAAGCCGAAAUUCACGUCUGAUUAAAAAAAUUGCUUCAAUUCUCCAUAAACAUUUGGAUAGCUAUAAACCAAUAGAGUUAUUGAAGAUAACUCAAGCAUUGAUUUUUCUACAUUUUCAAAGUAAAGAGCUUUUUGUGAAACUCAGAGAAUUACUACUUAGUUAUUUGAAAAUUAGUGUUGCACCUAGUGAGAUUUGCAUCUUGGUCUGUGCUAUUUCGAUGCUUCCUUCUCCUCACCUAGAUGAAGCGGGAAUAUCUCGAAUUGAAGCAGUUUUGCCACAGUGUGACCUAGGUGACCUGAAUGGUUUUGCCACAUCUGUUUUAAGAUGGAUUCAGUAUGAUCACAUGUAUCUGGAUAGUAAUACUGGGAAACAGCUGAAACUACUUCAAAAAUUAGAUCACUAUGCUCAUCAGAGACUACAAAAAUGCAACAAUUUGAAUCUGUUAUGGGAAGAAAUUAAAUCUUUAAAAGGAGACUGGUUUGCUGAUUCACUCCUUGAAGAAACAGUUGCUACUUUACAGCAUUUGAUGGAUGAAAUUAAUCACAGAAAUGUUGCAAGAAUUGCAUCUUUUAUUUCUAGAACUAACUACCUCAAUACUUUGCUACUUGAUAGGAUAGCCUCAGUGGUCAUUCAGCAGAUUGAAAAGAUCCAUCCUUUUGCGAUCCUUGCUAUUAUUCUUCCAUUCAGCAUCUUGAACUAUGAUCCACCUCAAAGGGAUGAAUUUCUCAGAACUUGCAUUCAACACCUUAAUUCUUACCUAGAUUCAUUGGAUCCUCUCAUAUUAGUGUUUCUCGGUUUCUCUUUGGCUACCCUUGAAUAUUUUCCGGAAGAUCUGCUAAAGGCAAUUUUCAACAUCAAAUUCUUAGCCAAAUUAGAUUCUCAACUUGAACUUUUAUGUUCAUCUCUAAACAUGAGGGUCCAGUUUCGUCUUAUGGAAUUAAAUAGAGCAGUCUUCUUGGAAUGCCCUGAGUAUCAGAUUCCAUGGUUUCAUGACCGCUUCUGUCAACAACAGUAUAAUAAAGAUAUUGGCAGCAUGAAUGGAGCACAACAGCAGAUUUAUAAAAUGUUAGGAGAGGUCCUAGGAGGAAUCAAUUUUGUAAAAGCCUCGGUUCGUACACCUUAUUACCACACAAUAGAUUUUGAGUGUAUCUUGGAUAAAAGAAAAAAACCUCUUCCUUAUGGAAGCCAUAAUAUAACUUUGGGAAAACUGCCAGAAAUGCACUGGGGAUCAAAUACCCAAAUAGUUGGAUCAAGGCUGCCACCAGGAGCUGAAAGGAUUGCUUUGGAAUUUUUGGAUUCGAGAGCUUUUUGUAGAAACAUCCCUCACUUAAAAGGAAAAUCUGCUAUGAAAAAACGACAUUUGGAAAUUUUGGGCUAUCAUGUAAUUCAGAUCCCUCAUUUUGAAUGGAACUCUAUGGCACUGUCAACAAAGGAUGCUCGGAUGGACUACCUGAGAGAACGUAUAUUUGGAGAAGGCAAAUCAUGCUUGUAGUUUUUAUUUAAAAUUAGUUAUCAUGAUGUGUCAUAUCUGAACUUACUUUAAUUAAGUGGCCUGUCUCAAUUGAAAAAUAAUAUUGUAGAAUUGACUGAUUUUAAGGUCAAUUGAAUACCUAUUAAAAUAAACAGACAUUUUACAAUUGAAUACUUUCUCUACUAGCUACUUGGGAAAUUGUUUAAAAUUCUUAAAAGACAUGUAGCUUUUAAGAAACUUAAAUAGUUUACAGUUC